AUGGUACCCGUCAUCAUGAUACCAGUCAACAUGAUACCCGUCAACAUGGUACCCGUCACCAUGGUACCCGUCAACAUGGUACCCGUCAUGAUGGUACCCGUCAUCAUGGUACCCGUCAUCAUGGUACCCGUCACCAUGGUACCCGUCAACAUGGUACCCGUCAACAUGGUACCCGUCAUCAUGGUACCCGUCAACAUGGUACCCGUCAACAUGGUACCCGUCAUCAUGGUACCCGUCAACAUGGUACCCGUCAACAUGGUACCCGUCAUCAUGGUACCCGUCAUCAUGGUACCCAUCACCAUGGUACCCGUCACCAUGGUACCCGUCAUCAUGGUACCCGUCAACAUGGUACCCGUCAACAUGGUACCCGUCAUCAUGGUACCCGUCACCAUGGUACCCGUCACCAUGGUACCCGUCACCAUGAUACCCAUCAACAUGGUACCCGUCAACACGACUCUACUCUUCUCUACUCACACAAUUGAGAGUAGAGAAGCAAGAUGUAGUGAAUCUGGUCAAGACCAAACUGCCAAGAUGGGUGAGAGGAGCACUCUUCAAGACCAAACUGCCAAGAUGGGUGAGAGGAGCACUCUUCAAGACCAAACUGCCAAGAUGGGUGAGAGGAGCACUCUUCAAGACCAAACUGCCAAGAUGG